ACACAUCAUUUGAAAGUUUGCUCUGUUACAUAUUGUAUUUAAAAGUUAUAUAUGGUUGCAUGCAGGUGAAGAAAACUCGGUCAACCAAAUGGCUGUGGGGAAAGCUGUCACCUCUGAUAACUCUGUAUGCCAUGAACCUGUUGUUGACGAUUUUAGUUGCCAUGUAGAACAGCCUGCUAAGUUACAAUAUUGUAUCUGGAAGCAAGAUGUGUCCAACGGGAAGAUGGCUCAGUCAUGUCUUCUUGAAAUUCCUGAGCAUGUUGUGGCAAGUCGCUGGCUCCAUGGAGCAAGGUUUGUAGAUUUGGUUGACUGGGAAAGGGAAGUCAGGUAUGAAUGUGAAGUUCAUCAUACCGAAAAGGGUCAGAUGUUCUUAGGACGUGGUUGGUACAAAUUUGCCAAGGAAAGGUGCCUGCUUGAUGGAGACUCUAUGGGCUUCAUCGUUAAGGAUCCCAUCAACAAGGAGAUACUUAUUACUGCUGUUACAGAUUUACUCUGA